UUUUUUUUUUAAACUGUAAUAAGAAGUAAUUUUAAAUUAAAACGUGUUGUGUAUAACAAAAGUUUUUACCAGUUUGCAUUAGUAUGACUGACGGCUUAAGUAUGUUUCAUGUCAUUGCACGAUUUGUUUUCUCUUCCUCUCUCUCUCUCUCUCUCUCUAUCGGUCUUUCCUUAUGUAAACUAGAACCAUAAUUCAAUGAACAUAAAACUUUUUCAAAAAAUAAAUUAAGAGAAACAGCAAACAACAGAAUUUCGUAUAAAAGACCACGUUUCGAAUUUGAUUUGCCGUUGAAAACUUUUUUGGUUUUAAAAAUAACUAUGUUACGUGUGCUUAUGCUAUCAUACGAGUAAUAGUUUUCGCAUAACAAAGUUUUUCUUCAUUUUUUACUGUUUGUUUUUGAUUUUGAGGUCAUGAAAAUAUGUAUAAAUGUAAUAAAUAUUUCGAACAAAAAGUAUCGUAAAAAUGAGGAUAGUUUCGCAAAUUUUUUAAACAAAUGAAUGAAUGAAAGAAUUUAAAGAAGUGAAGUAUAACACCAUGAAGCUGUGGAAAACAAAAAAACCCAUCAACUGCAUGGCAAGCAAGAGCGCAGCUUUACAAAAUGAUGACACACAUAACAGUAAUGGAAUACAAACGGCUCCUACGCUGGCUGGCGAUCGUGCCAUGAGUCCAGCCCAAUCGGAAGAUUCUGGUUUAGCGCCAGAACGUGGCACCACUUACGCUACCAUUACGUUGCCAAGAGAUAAUACCACUAAUAUAGGCAUCACAUUGGCAGAACGCAAUGAGCUUUCAUAUCCACCUGUUAUAGCAGCAUUAAGUGCAUUAGGUCACGCAGCCGAUUUUCUAGCUCCAGGUGAUCGCUUACAUCAAAUCGAUGGUAUUUCAACUAUCGGCUUAACUAAUCAGCAUGUUAUGAACAUGUUAAGCGGAAGUGGUUCGACAGAUGGUCCAACUGUUGUAGAAAUUGAAUAUUCCCUGCUUGAAUACAUUUCCCAAAAUAGCUUAUGUGUCACCACGAAAUUAACUCAAAUAACAGUAGAGCGCGAAAGUGGUUGCUUAGGCCUUACACUAAGAGGAGGUGCUGAUUAUCCACUUAUUGUUACUCACGUACGACCACAUGGACCCGUUUAUAAAACUGGUCGUAUUAAACCAGGUGAUCGGCUGUUAAGAGUGGAUAAUGUUUCUCUUAUCGGCAAAACAUUGGCCGAAGCUCAACAGAUAAUCAAAUGCGGGGCCCAUAUUUCCGGUUACACUAAUCUCACCAUUGAAUACGAUGUUUCGAUAGUACAAAGUAUAGAAUUUUCUAUGGGACCUUUGUUAAUAGAAAUCGAACGGCCUAUGAAUGAAAAGUUGGGUUUGGUUUUAUGUAAUUACACAUCAGCCCUCGCUUUAACCGAGCAUACCAGCAAAUUUGAUGAAGUCAACCACGCGGGUGCAUUUAUAGCCAGUAUUUUGCCAGCCAGUAUUGCUGAUAGAUGUGGUGCGCUGUCAGUUGGCGAUCAAGUGCUUUCCAUAGACGAUAUUAACAUUGAAAAUGCAGCCUACACACCCGAUGAAGUAAUGACACUAUUGGAUACGAACACAGGUCGCGGUUAUACACAAAUGCAGAUAAUGCCAGCCCAUGCUUUUGCGCAUAGAGGUCAUACUACUUUAGCCAGUCCAAAAUAUGGUUUCAACACUUUGGAUUCACGUAAGUCGCGACAACGUCAACGUUUUGCACGUAAAAGUUCGUUUCCUUUGGAAAUUGCUAAUGACCUGGUUGGCGGUAACGGGACAACAAACAGUACAGCAAGUGCAGCCGGCAGUAGUGGUAGUGUGCCUAGUAGCAGUGCAAGUGGUAGUAGUUUGGGUGUUAGCACAAAUACUUUAGGCACUUUACCACAUCAUUCAAACAUGGGUAUUUGUAGAGCGGAAACAUUUCCGGUGUUAUUGGAUUGUAGUAUGGGUUCGGGAUUAGUAUUAGGCCAGCAAUCGGCCUGCGGCCGAGCAGUUACUAUUAAUCAUAUUAUAACUGAUUCAGUAGCCGAUCGUUGUGGUUGCAUACAAAAGGGUGAUCGAAUAGUAGCCAUAAAUAAAAUGUAUAACUUGGAAGUGCAGGCGAUGCGUGAGUUGCUGGGUGACGUAGGGAGUCGACCAAGCCAUAACCCCGCCAAUUGGCUAGAAUUGGAAAUUGAAUUUGAUAUGCCUGAUACGGUUGUACCAUCUAGUGGGGUUUUUAAUGUUAAGGUAGUGCGUAGUGGUAAAGCCGGUUUGGGUGUGAGUGUUAAUGGUUCUAGUCAUGGUGGUUUUGUUAUAGCCGACGUUAAGCCUGGCAGUCCGGCUCAUCGUACCGGCUCUUUGAGAUCGGGCGAUAUUUUAUUGGCCGUUGAUAAUCAUCCCAUACAACACUUUAGUGUUGAUACUUUAUUGAAGGAGGGCACUGCAAGUGAUUUUACUACAUUGACGGUAAAACGAGUCAUGUUACCUGAUUUCUUAUUUGAUACCCAACAAAAAUUGCAAACCCCUAUAUAUAGCAAUUGUCUGACAAGCCCCACCAGUGAACAUGACUUAUACAGCAGUUCAUAUGUAGCUUCAAAAUAUGCAGAAAUCAAAUAUAAUGAUUGUUUGUCUUUGAAAUCAAACACACCGCAACCAGAAUAUUAUCGAGGUCCUACCCUAAACGAGAAUGCACUGACAUCGGUACAAAUUCGUCGCCAUUUAGGAGGUGGCAAUUGGUCUGGCACCAUUGAUCGUUCCAUUGCCAAUCAAAAUACUCAAAGUUUGAACACCGAAUUGCCAGAGGAUGAAAAUAACUACCACGACUUUGUCCGAUGUGAAGUGGAUAGGUACAACAGUGUCGACUGCGGUAAUUUGCCACUACCCAUGGGAUAUAAGCUUUAUGGAUCCAAUAAUUAUCCAAGCAGUAAAAAUAGUGCCAAUUGUUUGCAUCAAAUUAUAUUUACGGUAAGAUUGGAACCAAAAGGCGGUUUGUUAGGUAUUACUUUGGCGGGAAGUGAGGACGUUGGUAAACCCAUAACCAUAAGCGGCUUAGUGGAGGGGGGCAUUGCUUAUAAAAGCGGUCAAGUUCAAGUGGGCGAUCAACUUUUAGCUAUUAAUACCGAACUCAUACAAAGUUUACCUUUGUCACACGCCACUAAUUUAUUACAAAACUUAGGAGAGGUGGUAGAUUUGAAACUAUUACGCUCCCACGACACAACUAAUAAUUUUCCUAGUGGUGGUAUUCUUUGCGAAGGUGAAACCAAUAUUUUGUCGCAACCUCAAGCUAUAUACGCUAAAGUUCAAAGGCGCCCCCGUAGUCCCUCAACGAAUACUGAAAACAGUUCGACCAGCGGUAAACAAGAGAAACAGAAAAUAUUCCCCGUUACUUUAUAUAAAGACAAAGUUUACGAUGAUUAUGGCUUUUCCGUAUCAGACGGCCUCUACGAACGUGGUGUAUUUGUGAAUCGUAUUAGAUCGGGAGGACCAGCUGAUAAGUGUGGCCUUUUAAAGCCUUUCGACAGAAUAAUGCAGGUUAAUGACAUGAAAACACAAGAUUUCGAUUGUUGCCUUACCGUACCCCUGAUAGCGGCGGCCGGCGACAAAAUAGAAUUAAUCAUUCAACGUACCGACUAAUUUUAAACCAUUUUAGAGAUUUGCUAAGAUAGUGCCUUUUUUAAAAACCAAAAAAAAAAAAAAAUUACUAUCAACAAAUGCCAAAAAUAAUUGAAUUUAUUAACCGAAACUUAUACACAUUUCAAAAAUAAUUUUUCUAACUAAAACGAGAUAAGUAUAUCUUUUAAGCAAUGACCAAAUAUAAUUUAUGAUUAAUUAAAUUUUUAUAUCCGCCACCGAAAGAUAAGAUUUCUUUGUCAUUCCGUUUUUAGCGUGCAGGGACACCCAAAGCGUCCGUAUGGAUUGAAUACUAGUUAGCUACGUAUGCGCUAAUAUGAUAUAUGACAUCAAUCCCUUUCGGACAUUUUUUUAAUUAUUGAGUGUAAUCGUUUUAAUUGGCAUCAGCACAGUUUGAAUCAGCCGUGCUGUUCGGCGGCAGUAGGGCUCAGCAUGAGGUUUUCAACAGCCUGUGCAGACCUUGUUUCGACGGCGAUUUUUUCUUUACACGUCAUUGUUGCAUAAUAUCAUUUGGUUUUUUAUCAUUUAUUGCCAAUCAUUUUUGCGAUUGACCGCUUUCUCGCGGCGCGGAUAUUUUCACGCAGAAGUUUUAGCUAGCUAUUAACAGAUCAUAAAGUUGGAUUGUUAUUUUGUACAUGACAAUCUUACACUUUUUUCGCAGAAUAUCAUUCAUUCUUUCUUGCCUUCGUCGUCUACAUCAAAAAAUGGCCCUAAUGCUGAAAACGAAAUAAUUAAUAAAAUGUUUUUUCAUUUCCGUAUAUCUGCUUGAGGUGGUGGCUAUGUAAAAUACUCCCCGAAAUGUAUCUAAUUUGCUUGUUUUAUAAUUUUUAUGAUAUGUUUAAUAAUUCCCAAAUAAUAUUCGAUUAUACUUACUUAUGUCGGCAACUAUUUUCCUAGGAGUAAACGACAAUAAUUUCAUUAUUGAUUAAAAGCAGAAUUCUACAAGCUGUUACUUCGAAUUUAAUUGGAAGGCCAUAAACACAAAUAUAUUGCAUAUGUUACUAUUUAAUUCUAUAUUUUUCAUUUGUUUACAUUUUCUUUAAGCUAACUAAUACACUUUCUUGAACCCUAUAACGGGUUAACAAAUCAAAUUUUUAUACAA